GCUGAGUGGCAGAAGCAGAGCGAUAGCGGCGUGCAAGUGAAGGGAGGAGUGAGUCUCUUCGUGUCGGCAGGCCGCCUGUCAUAACGACGAGCACUGGACGCUUCAGCUCGUAUAUGCUUUAAAAUCCUUAACACAGUUUGUAUUCGUGAACGCAGCAGUCUGUGUGUUUUCGUCCCCAACUACUAGGUAUGUGAGUUGCUGCAGAGAGACUGCGCUCCGCCCCGGUGCUGCAGAGCAGCGCGCGGCCGCCCUCGCUCGCGCCUGUCCGGUCCAGGGAUCGCACGGGACACUGCAGACGCCACCGGAGAGAAGAGCUCUUUUCACACUGAAACCUGGCUGAAAUGGAUGAGCAGAGUGUGGAGAGCAUUGCGGAGGUGUUCCGCUGCUUCAUCUGCAUGGAGAAGCUGCGAGACGCGCGUCUCUGCCCCCACUGCUCCAAGCUCUGCUGCUUCAGCUGCAUCCGGCGCUGGCUGACGGAGCAGAGAGCUCAGUGUCCGCACUGUCGGGCACCUCUACAGUUGCGCGAGUUGGUCAACUGCCGCUGGGCAGAAGAAGUCACACAGCAGCUGGACACACUACAGCUGUGCAACCUGUCCAAGCAUGAGGAGAAUGACAAGGAUAAAUGUGAGAAUCACCAUGAGAAGCUCAGUGUGUUCUGCUGGACCUGUAAGAAAUGCAUCUGCCACCAGUGUGCACUCUGGGGAGGCAUGCACGGCGGUCACACCUUCAAGCCGCUGGCCGAGAUCUACGAGCAACACGUGACCAAAGUGAAUGAGGAGGUAGCCAAGCUUCAGCGCCGACUCAUGGAGCUCAUCAGCCUGGUCCAGGAAGUGGAAAGGAAUGUAGAGGCAGUCCGGGGGGCCAAGGAUGAGCGGGUAAGGGAGAUCCGCAAUUCCGUGGAGAUGAUGAUUGCUCGUCUGGACAAUCAGCUCAAGAACAAGCUGAUCACCCUCAUGGGUCAGAAGACGUCGCUCACCCAAGAGACUGAGCUUCUGGAGUCCCUGCUGCAAGAAGUGGAGCACCAGCUGCGCUCCUGUAGCAAGAGUGAGCUGAUCUCCAAGAGCCCCGAGAUCCUGCUCAUGUUCCAGCAGGUGCAUCGCAAGCCCAUGCAGUCCUUCGUUACCACGCCGGUUCCACCAGACUUUACCAGUGAGCUUGUUCCAGCCUACGACUCCAGCACUUUUGUUUUGGCGAACUUCAGCACUCUGAGGCAGAGAGCAGAUCCAGUCUACAGCUCCCCUUUGCAGAUAUCGGGACUCUGCUGGAGACUGAAGGUUUACCCAGACGGGAAUGGUGUGGUUCGUGGAAACUACCUCUCGGUCUUCUUGGAGCUGUCGGCUGGCCUUCCCGAAACAUCCAAGUAUGAGUACCGUGUGGAAAUGGUGCACCAGGCGUCUAGUGACCCUACAAAGAACAUCAUCCGGGAGUUUGCCUCCGACUUUGAGGUCGGAGAGUGCUGGGGGUAUAAUCGCUUCUUCAGGCUGGACCUGCUGGCCAGUGAGGGCUACCUCAACACACAGACGGAUACCCUGGUCCUGAGGUACCAGGUAAGAUGCCCAACGUUCUUCCAGAAGUGCCGCGACCAGUGCUGGUACAUCAGCCAGCUGGAAUCGGCACAGACCAGUUACAUCCAGCAGAUUAACAACCUGAAAGAGAGGUUGGCGAUUGAGCUGUUUCGCAGGCAGAAAUCUCGUAGUUCGUCCCCGCCCGACAGGCGUACCUGCCCUUCUGCAUCUGAAAGGGAUCCAUGCCCAAGGAAAGGGGCUGUGGCUGAGGGUAACAGCCAGGCUGCAACUGCAGAGACCAAGGAAGAAGAAGAAGAGGAGAAAACUCAACAUGACGACUCCAAUGAGCUGUCAGAUGGGGACUUAGAGGUGGACUGUCUGACAGGGGAUGAGGAGGUCAACCCCCUCGAUGGCAGCAGCACUUCUGGCAGCUCCACGGCUACCAGCAACACAGAGGAGAACGACAUUGAUGAGGAGACCAUGUCGGGAGAGAACGACGUGGAGUACAGCGGCAUUUUGGAGAUGGAGGAGGGGGAGCUGCCGGAGGAGGCAGUGGGAGCGACAGGGGGAUCAAACCCAAGUACACGGUCUCUUCGGCGUGGAGCAAGUGGCCUCGCCUCUGCUGCCAGCAGCAGCCUCCUGGAGAUUGACCCAGUGAUCCUGAUCCAGCUGUUAGACUUAAAGGACCGAAGCAACGUGGAGUCCCUGUGGGGUCUUCAGCCCCGUCCUCCAGGGUCGUUCCUUCAGGGCGCAGCAGUCCAGGCGAGCUCGAGGAAGGAGCGUGAGCGGAGGCCACAGGCGGUGCGUCGGUCAGUCCCAGACUCUGGGGUCCUAAUUCGGCUCAAGGCCCAGAUGGCUGAAGUGCGCAGUAAGAUGUCGGAUGUGAAGUGCCAGCUGGAGGCCAGGGCCGCAUUGGAUGUGCGGGCCUGUCCCUCAGGGGCCUCGGUGGAUCAGGGACCCCCUGCAGACUCAGACCCGAAUAUGCGCAGGAAGCCUGGCGAGCUUGACCUGGUUGGCAAGGGAGUGGCUGCAGGCAGGCAGUGCCGUGGUGGCCUGAAGAAGGGUCUGUCCUCAAAGCAGGAGGUGGGCGGAGCAGUGGGAAGCCUCCCCUUGCGCAGGGCUGCCGAUGAUGUGGACAAGGAGUUGAGGGGACACGCCGUGGAGUCUGACACUGAGCUGGCCAUCUGCCCCAGGGAUGUAACUCCCAGCGUGGAAGGUGCCCUGAAGACGCGCAGCGUGCACAGCUCCCCACCAUCUCUGGGCAGCUCCGGCCCAUCUGACAAGCCGUCGAGCUCAAAGCAUGAGGAGCAGCACCUCGGCACCAGCAGCGCCGACCUCUUCAGCCUCGCUAGCCUCAAUGGGGUUGUGCCCAUCGCCAAGGCACGCAGAGCACCCACUGUGGGGGCAGGUCUCCUGACAGACGGCUCCAUGGACUGUGACAUGGAAGGCCUGGGCGAAAUUCGGGAGUCCCUUCUGGCGCUGUCUGAGGGAGUGUCCUCGCGACCCGAAGAAGGGUUGUCGAACCAGAAGCAACCGCUUCACCUCCUGCCCGGCAUGAGUAGUGACAGCGACAUCGAGUGCGACACGGAGAACGAGGAUGAGGUGGUGUCCCUGGAGGCUGGAGACUGUCGGUACGACGCCCGAGCGCUGCCCUGCGCAGGUGAGCAGCUGAGUUCGGAGGACCUGAGCUUUACGGCAGCAGAAACGACAGAGAGGUGACUAGCUGCUGAGUGUCCCCCGUAAGGCACCGAGGAUGAUGGGCACAGACCCCCCACGCUCAUCUCCAGUGCUCUCCUGCGCUUCGUAGUUACUGAUGCUCGUCUUGAAUUUCGCACCACCCUUUCACGCCACAGGACUGCUUGAGUUAUGCGUAUAUUUUGACCAAAAGAUGUUGCCUGAUUUGUAUUCUUGUGUAAAGUGUGCGUUACGAGAGAUCGAUGAUGCUUGAGGCCAAAUGGUGGGACAAAGGAAAGAUAUCUGGGAGUCAUAAAAAUGUACUUUUCAGAAAUGUACCCUGCAAUGCCCUCUAGAAACGAGCGUUUGUCCGUUUGAGUGCAGCGUUCCCACACGGGCAGCGUGACACUUCCCGUAGUGGCGCCAAAUCCAUCUUGGUACUUAAAGGUUCAGGAAACUGUUAUGGAUGUGCAUUAAUGCACGAUCACGUAUAUUUAGUGUGAACGUUUGUUUCACCUUGAAUUGUGCGCUAUUUCUGUGCAUUUGCUCGAUGCUGUUAAACAUCCAGUUGGCGGGAUGUUAUGACUCUCGUGGAAUAAGAAUGUGAGGCCAGACUGUUGUAGACUGUAACUGGCGAAAGCUAAAGCUCCCUUGAGGGCUCUGGGCUUCGCUCCCGCUGCUGUUUAUGCGCUGUGAAAUGAACCGUUCUUGUUGCUGUUUGUUUGGUCAGAGGAUCAGAGGGCAGUGCAGUGUGUCGGGGGCCUCUGUCGCACAGGGUGGGGCUCGUAGACGGACAGCUGAGCGCAACGCGGACGUCCACCACGACGUCUGCACGCUGUCGCUUUGUUUCGUGACAUUCGGUGUGAAUGUGAACGCUGGAUGUAUGUUUCUCUAAGCUUAUUCAUGAAGCUCUCUCCUACUUUUCUUUCGUGAACGUAUGAAAACUUGUCUUAAGUGUCCCUUCCUCGGUGUCGGGAGGGUUCGGACAUCGCUUCUCUAUCGGCCGAGCCCAGCUGGUGGACCGCGGCUGCUGCUUUGUUCCAAACUCGUGUUGAACACGGUUCCAGGGACCGGUCUCGGUCAUUUCACUCACCUAGUGUAUGUUCACACUUAAUGGUUGGAUCAAAUUUGAAUUCAGUUUUUUUUUUUCUUUUUUUUCUUUUUUUUUUCUUUUAAAUAAAUAUAAAGUUGGACUGUUCCUUUCUGUAAAGACUAUUUAGCACUACAUUGUUUUAUAGGUUUUGGCUUUUUUUUUUUGUUUGUUUUAAGAGUCUUUAAUUUGGUGUUAAAUGGAUUAAUUCGCUAUGUUUGUACAUGGUGCAUACGGACCGUAUUUUGUGCUUGUGCCGACGUGUUUAGUUGUGUAAGGAAUAACCAACUUAAUAAUGCAUUUGCUUUCUAUAAACUUAAGUUUGAGAAUGCUGGAUGUAUUUGGAACAAAAUUUUUGACUUUAACAGUGUGUUCUAGGCAUGUUAGUAUCCAUUGGGGGUGUUUAAGGGAUGAUGUGUAACUUGACGUCAUAACAUACAUCUUCAGUAGGAACUACUGUUCUGUUCAUGUAUUUGCCACCACCCCACCGUUAUGAAUAUUCCACUACAGAGUCCUCAGCCGAAUGUGUGGACCAGCUGCUGUGUGAUCUAAUGUAUAGAUGUCAUAGUAAUGGGAACAGACGCUGCGCUGUGUGUGUGUGUGUGUGUGUGUGUGUGUGUGUGUGUGUGUGUGUGUGUGUGUGUGUGUGUGUGUGUGUGUGUGUGUGUGUGUGUGUGUGUGUUGGGGACACAGGAGACCCCAGCUGUGGUGCUGACUUGAGUUGCUGGCUGACUGGUCUGUUCUGCCCCUUUUUUGUUUAU